AUGGAUAGAAAGAUAGACGCAUACGAGAAACGUGUUCUUGAUGGCACUAGAGAUCAAGAUGAUGACAGUGAUUUGAGUUUGGAAGAGUUAUUAGAUGAACUGGACGAGGAAAGCGAUCAAUUCUUUUCCAAAUAUAGAGAACAGAGGAUGGAGGAAAUCUCAGACCAUUUAAAGAAAGUAUCGAAGAACGUCAAUGAAUCCGGCUAUGGGAUACUCGUGGAAGUUGAAAAAGAAUCUGAGUUGAUUAGGAUAUCGAAGGACCUACCGAAAAUUGUGAUUCAUUUUGGUUUGGAUACAUUUGAGAAAUGUCGCUAUAUGAAUGAACGACUAGAGACAUUAGCAAGAAAAUAUUUAGACACUAAAUUUGUCAAAGUGGACGUCCAAAAAUGUCCAUUUCUUGUACAAAAACUACGAAUUAAGGUUCUUCCUUUUGUUAUUGGCUAUUGCCGAGGAGUUGAAUCAAUGAGACUAGUGGGAUUUAGCCAAUUGGGCAAUGAUCCAAAUGGCUUUAAAAUAGAAAUGUUGGAAAAAGUUCUUUUAUCAUCAGGUGUCAUUAAAUCUUUUUCGGGGACAACAUUAACCAAAGAUCGACGUAUUUUGAGUUCUCGUAGUCACGAUGACGAGGGUAGUGACAGCGGUUUAGAUAUAUAG